GGGCCCGGCUCUUGCGUCACGCGCGCGCGCGGGCCGUGUCGUGCGUCACCACCAUGGGCAGCAAGAUGGCGGCCGCCACCAGGGUCGUGCAGGUGGUGAAGCCACAUACUCCUUUAAUUAAGUUCCCAGACAGGAAAGGUAGCCCCAGACCUAAAAUACAGGAAUCUCUACAAGCAAGUGUGCCAUCCCUCCAUGCACAAGAGUCUGUAGGAGCCAGAUCACCAGCCUUUCAAAACACUUUACCUGGUAGUAGAGUACAAGGUACACCAGACACUUCUGAAUUAGCAAGAAUCUUACCUCUGAAAUACAGAAGGAGACUUGUGUCAGAGGAAGAGAUAGAAUAUAUCCAACGUGGAGGUCCGGAAUAAGUAUGGAAGAUUGUUGGCCAUUGUUGAAGAAUGGAGUAUUGUAUUCACAAUAAAGGUGUUU